AUGGGAGCCAUUCAUCUCUGCGCCGGUGUUUCUGUAGAUUGGAGCCCGGGGGUUUACCUCCUCAAGGGUAUUCACCUCACUGGUGGUCACGGGUGGUGCCUAACACCGACUCAUCGAGGUCCGAAGCAUCCAUCUCAUAUCCAUUUUCCGGCCACUCUCAGAUCGGAGCCUACCAGCUAUUUUGGCUACUUAAGUCGAGAGGCGUACCUCCCACGAGGAAUUUCUUCCAUCACUCAGCAUCACCCUCUACAAUCUGGUUCAUCUCACUCUGACUUUCUCACCUUGGUUUCUGACAAACAACAGAAAGAUGACUCGCAAGUGCUCAAACUCUUACUCCAGACCCACCUCCACCUCCAGCAAUACCUCCCAAAGGCCCACAAGGCACUGCAAAAGCACCUGCACAAGGUCAAGCGGGUUGUCAACAGCCUCAACCUCAACCACCAUCCCCCCGGUGCCAGCCAGACCUGCAGUGACCGACUCGACGAGCGAGACCAACAGAUCGUCGUCGAACUCCGGUACACCCAGGCUCGGAAGGACACUCCCCCCCUUCACCAGCGACGAGGUCUGGAGAUGAGUCCCAUCAUCCAGCCUCACCCGAGUCUGUACCGGGAGAUCACCGGCGCGUAUCGGGUAUGUGUUUACUCUUUCUUUCUCUCCCUCUCCUUCUUCCCAUCUUUGAGUCUUGGCUUCUAUAAACGUUUCAGCGACCGAUUGACUCCCUCGUCUCAAUAUAGCUCGCGGCUCAUCCGGGUAUGGGGCCCUACAUCCACUGUCGGGAUUGCUUCUGUGGGGUGA